GAAAAUCCAGCCCGGGUUUUCCUUCCCGCCUCUCUCCAGUAAGCCGGCUCCGCAAUUUGGAGCACGUUUCGCUCGCGCUGCGUGUGCGUCUCCAGCUUUUUGCCUGCUCGCCCGCUCCUGGUCGCUGCGCGCGGCGGAGCAGAGGCUUCCCUCGGAUCUCCUCCGCGGCGAGUCCCCCUUCCUUGAUGUCUGCCUCUCACCAACGCGACCGCGUCGCCGCGCCAGCCAAUCCUCUCUUUCCCGCGCAGCGCUUUCUCCGCUGCCUUCAACCCGAACGCGGCUCGGCGCCUCGCGGAUUGCGGCUUCUCCCCGCUCGACAGGACGCCCGUGGCCCCGCUGAGCUGGCCCUGAACCUUGGGGGACUUUAACGACCCCGGCCGAGGAGCGGCAGGGGUAGCGGGAGAAGGGGAGCGCGGCGGCGGCGCGGCUAUUGCACCCUUCCGCCCAGCCUCUCUCCCCAGCCGGCUGCUCAAAGUUUGCGGGGCUCGCUCGAGGAGGUUUGCUUUGCGCGUAGACACGCGGGAGGGGUCUUUGAGAAGGCACUUCGCGCUGGAGGGCUCCGCUCGGCGCCUGGAGGAGGAGGAGGAGGAGGAGGAAGGAGAAGAGGAACCAUUCCCGGGGAUUUAUUGUUCCAGUGGAUUUGGCGUCUCUCCCUGUUUUUUAAAACCAAGCGGAUCGAUUCUUUUUGGGCAGGGUUUUUCCCUUUUAAAAAAAUUGGGGGGCGCCAUGGUUCCUGGGAUGGGGGCGCUGCUCUGGGCUCCCCUCGGGCUGUUGCUGUCGCUUCGGGCCGGAGCUGCUGACAUGAAAGCUCGGAGCUGCGGCGAGGUGAGGGAGGCGUACAAAGCGAAAGGCUUCAGCCUGGUUAACAUCCCUUAUCAGGAAAUCGCAGGGGAACACUUGAGAAUCUGUCCUCAGGAAUAUACAUGUUGCACAUCAGAAAUGGAAGACAAACUAAGCCAGCAAAGCAAACUGGAAUUCGAGAAUUUGAUGGACAAGACAAGCCAUUUUGUCCGUACCACAUUUGUGUCUAGGCAUAAGAAAUUUGAUGAAUUUUUCCGAGAGCUCCUGGAGAAUGCAGAAAGAUCCUUAAAUGAUAUGUUUGUACGGACAUAUGGCAUGCUGUACAUGCAGAAUUCAGAAGUAUUCCAGGAUCUCUUUAUAGAACUGAAAAGAUAUUACACAGGAGGCAAUGUGAACUUGGAGGAGAUGUUGAAUGACUUCUGGGCCCGCCUCUUAGAGCGAAUGUUCCAGCUCAUAAACCCCCACUAUCAUUUCUCUGAGGACUAUCUAGAGUGUGUAAGCAAAUACACAGACCAGCUUAAGCCUUUUGGAGACGUACCCAGGAAACUCAAGAUUCAGGUGACAAGAGCUUUUAUCGCUGCAAGGACCUUUGUUCAGGGACUGACCGUGGGCAGAGAAGUUGCUAACAGGGUAUCUAAGGUCAGCCCCACCCCAGGGUGCAUCCGUGCAUUAAUGAAGAUGCUGUUCUGCCCUUAUUGCCGGGGACUUCCCACUGUGAAACCUUGCGAUAACUACUGCCUCAAUGUAAUGAAGGGCUGCCUUGCAAACCAGGCGGAUUUGGAUACUGAAUGGAAUCUCUUUAUAGAUGCCAUGCUUUUGGUAGCAGACAGACUAGAGGGACCAUUCAACAUUGAAUCAGUUAUGGAUCCUAUUGAUGUCAAAAUUUCUGAAGCUAUUAUGAACAUGCAAGAAAACAGUGUGCAUGUGACUGGAAAGGUUUUUCAAGGUUGUGGACAGCCUAAACCAGCUCCAGGCAUAAGAUCAUCCCGAUCCAUUCCUGAAAACUUCAACACCCGCUUUCGACCUUAUAACCCGGAAGAAAGACCAACAACUGCUGCCGGCACCAGCUUGGACAGGCUGGUAAUUGACAUUAAAGAAAAACUAAAGCUUUCCAAAAAGUUCUGGUCUACAUUACCCUACACCAUCUGCAAGGAAGAAACAGUGACUGCUGGCAUGUCCAAUGAAGAGGACUGUUGGAAUGGACAUACCAAAGCUAAGUAUCUACCUGAGAUUAUGAAUGAUGGGCUCACCAAUCAGAUAAACAAUCCUGAGGUUGAUGUGGACAUCACCAGGCCUGAUACCUACAUAAGGCAACAAAUCAUGGCCCUAAGAGUAAUGACCAACAAACUAAAAAAUGCAUACAAUGGAAAUGAUGUGAACUUUCAGGACACAAGCGAGGAGACCAGCGGCUCAGGUAGUGGAAGCGGCUGUACGGAUGACGUUUGUCCCACAGAGUUUGAAUUCAUCACCACAGAAGCUCCUCUCGUUGACUCAGACAGGAGGGAAGUGGACUCUUCAGCCAGCCGGGCCAGCUCCUCUGUCCUCACGGGGCUCGUCAUCGUUUUGGUCCUUCUCCUGCAAAGACACUGCAGAUAAUCCUGGCUCCAGUCAGCCCUGACUGUCUUUUAGCUAUUGAAAAUGAACAGAGCAGCCAGUCUGCUCCUUUUCUGUUGCCCUCGGACAAUGGACCACACCACCAACCCUUAUAGUUUUCUAUUGGAACGAGGCAGCCCUGCACCCUGCCCACCUUGGGGCUUUCCCGGAGAGGGCCAGGGGCCCAGGAGAACUGCUUCCUGCUUCCCUCUUCAUCCUGGGAAGGCAGUGUCUGCUCCUCAGCAAUCUCUUCUCUCACACUUUUAUUAUAGGAGACUUUUCAGAAUAUUAUUUGCUUUUAUGCUUCAGAAAGAAAAGGGGGGGGAUUAGGGGACCCAACAUGGGCUUUUACUUUUCUUUUUUUCAUUAGAAGGAAAAGGAGAAUGGGAAGAAGUAAAAUGUUGAAAAUAAAGCUAUUCCAAGGCCGAAUAAUAAACACACACAUAUGCACACACGGAAAAGCCAAGCCUUCUUAUCUAGGACACUUCUGUAUUGCACUUCAAAUCACCAAAAUGAUAUUUACCAUUGAGAGAACACUAUAUCUUGAAGUUUGAUUUUUUUUGUAACAGAAAUAUAACUAUGCUUAUUGUUAACUAUAAAUGGAAGAAUUGGCUGAUAGGUUUGAAGCAAAAAUAGGAAACUUUCUGAUAACAAAAGCAGCACCUUCCCUUUGCUCUCCCCCUUUUGAGUUUGCCUUCUAAGGCCUUGUUGCAGUUGGUUUGAACCAUGCUAUGACACCAACACAGGAGUGCCCUUGGGGGGCAUCUGCAGGAGAGUGUCAAAAACACCAGGACAGCAGCCAUGAUCAUGUA